AAUGCGCAUGCUCCGUCCUCUGACUGCACGUUGUUCACUACAAAAUGAAGGCCAAGGGACAGCUUAAAGAAUUCAAGAUUAUGGGCCGAAGAUUGCCCACAGAGAAGGAUAAGAAUCCUCAAGUGUACAGAAUGCGAAUAUUUGCACCUGAUAGUGUUGCUGCCAAAUCUCGUUUCUGGUAUUUCUUGAAGAUGCUUAAAAAGAUAAAAAAAGCUAAUGGAGAAAUUGUGUAUUGUGGAAAGGUACCUGACCGUCAUCCAACUGUUAUCAAGAAUGUAGGAAUAUGGUUGCGUUACGACUCUCGUAGUGGAACACAUAACAUGUAUCGUGAAUAUAGAGACUUGACUAUUGCUGGUGCUGUAACACUUUGUUAUCGAGAUAUGGCUGCUCGUCAUCGAGCAAGAGCAUCAAGCAUUCAAAUCAUUAAAGUAGAGGCUAUUCCAGCAAACAAGUGUCGUCGUCCUCAUGUGAAACAAUUUCACAAUUCGAAGAUACGUUUUCCAUUACCUCAUCGUGUACGAUCUGGUCAUUUCAAGAAGUUGUUUGCUUACCAGAGACCAAUUGCGUUCCAAUAGACUUAACUGUUAAUUAUAAUUGAAAGUAAAGUUCUAUUCAACAAUAAUUGGUUUUGAUAAAAUAACAAUUAUAAAUUUUA